AUGGAGCAUGAACCAACAUUGUGUUUGGUGGAUCGUGCAACCACGCAUACUAUCCUAACGGAUAUGAGGUUUUUUCGUACCUUAAACAAAUCAAGUAGUAAUAUUACUACCAUUUCUAAUGAUCAGGUACAAAUAGUGGGCUCCGGAAGAGCAUCCAUCAUCCUCCCUAAGGGUACAAAGCUACUAAUUGAAAAUGCUUUGUUAUACCCUCAAUCUAAACGAACCUUGCUAAGUUUCAAGGAUAUUCGUUCAAAUAGUUUCCAUAUUGAAACCAAGACUAAGAACAAAGAGGAGUUCUUGACCAUGACUCAGUUGAUCACUGGUCAAAAGCGGGAGGUUGAGGAACUUGCCUCUUUAUCCUCUGGGUUAUAUUAUACCUAUAUACAACCCAAUGAUUCAUUUGUGGCACUUACCAUGAAACUAAAAAAUCCACAUUCUUUUCAAAUGUGGCAUGACCGUCUGGGUCAUCCUGGGCAGAAUAUGAUGGGCCGGAUCAUAUCUAAUUCUGCUGGACAUAACCUGUCUAGAUCUCAGGUACUUUCGCCAAAUAUGUUUACAUGUGUGGCUUGUGCGAAAGGUAAAUAUAUUGUACGCCCGUCGCGUACUAAGGUUGGACAUGAAUCGCCUAUAUUUCUGCAGAGAUUGCAGGGCGACAUUUGUGGACCUAUUAGUCCACCUUCUGGACCAUUUAGAUAUUUUAUGGUCCUUAUUGAUGCUUCCACUCGUUGGACUCAUGUUAGUCUACUGUCCACGAGGAACAAAGCUUUCGCUAAAUUUGUUGCGAAAAUUAUUGAGUUGAAUGCCCAAUUCCCAGAUUAUCCCAUUAAGUCAAUAAGAAUGGAUAAUGCUGGAGAAUUCACAUCAACGGCUUUCAAUGAUUAUUGUAUGGCCUUGGGCAUCAAAGUGGAGCAUCCUGUACCUUAUGUCCAUACUCAGAAUGGCUUGGCUGAGUCUCUGAUUAAGCGUAUUAAAUUAAUCGCUAGACCAUUACUGCAAAAGUCUGGUUUACCAGUCUCAUGUUGGGGACACGCAGUAUUACAUGCUGCAGCUUUAAUUCAAAUCCGACCUAGUGCAUAUCAUGAUUAUUCCCCCUUGCAACUACUACGUGGCGUAGAACCUAACAUUUCCCAUCUGCGUGUAUUUGGGUGUGCAGUUUAUACCCCCAUACCACCUACAAAUCGUACCUCCAUGGGCCCGCAACGAAAACUAGGUAUAUAUGUUGGUUAUGAAUCUCCUUCCAUCAUUAAAUACCUAGAGCCCAUGACAGGAGAUCAGUUUACCGCGAGAGGAGUGACUAGGUCCCAUAUCCCUGCUGUGAAUGCUCCUUCGAGAGUUGAAGUCCCCGUGGGACCAAGUAUGCACACUGACACUCCCCAUCACCAGAAGCGCGGGAGACCACUUGGUGCAAAAGAUUUAAAUCCACGGAAGACGAGAAUUGGUAAAAUAUCUCAGUCACUCCAGAAAAAUGUUAACCGUCCUGAAGACGACCGUCCCGAAGACGGAGAACCCAGUGAACCUGCACGUGCUCUAAAUAAUAUGAACACUGGGAAUGCGGAACAUCCAGAUCAAAAUAUUUUGGGAAAUGACGAUGAUCUGGUUGAUGUCAAUAUAGAAACGGCCAUAAAUUUUGUUGAUACAGGAGAAACAUAUAACAGAGAUUUAAUAGUCGUCGACGACACUUUUGCCUAUGCAGUUGCCUGUAAUAUUCCACAAAAUAAUCUGGAUCCAGAACCAAAGUCAAUAACCGAGUGCCGGAAGCGCUCUGACUGGUUGAAGUGGAAACAGGCAAUUGAGGCAGAGCUCAACUCGCUUAAUCAAAGAAAAGUUUUUGGUCCCACCGUACUUACCCCAAAAGAUGUGAUCCCAAUAGGAUCCAGUUGA